AAGAGUGUAAAUUCUCUAAAGUACAAGGGCUAAAUAGGAGUUGACCAAAAGCUUGAGGCUCGUAUUGUAAUUACGUAUAACAACAGCUGGAAGUCGAGUUGACUCAACUCUCAAGGGCUACACAAGCACGGGCCAGUUGGAUACUUCAGGUUGAUAAAACUCGGAUGCGAAAAAGCGAAGAUUAUCGAAGGAAUCAUACGGAGGGAAUGAUUCAGAGAUAAGUAAAUUAACGAGGAAGACGAAGAAGAAGUUAAGAAUUGAAAAAGAAUAGUUUGAAUCCGUCUCUACAAUGGCUAAUUUGGUUUCCCCUGAAACGCUCGAGAUUUGCAAGCAGGCUGCUGGAAUUGCCGGGAACAUAUUUGCUUUUGGGCUCUUUGUGUCACCCAUACCUACAUUUAGAAGAAUCAUCAGAAACCAAUCAACAGAACAAUUCUCAGGAAUCCCAUACAUAUACGCCCUCUUAAACUGCUUAAUCUGUGCCUGGUAUGGCUGCCCCUUCAUAUCAUCCGAUAAUUUACUUGUCACAACAGUUAAUUCUGUUGGAGCAGUUUUCCAAUUAUCCUACAUAAUCAUCUACAUAACAAAUACUGAAAAACCCAAAAAGUUCAAGAUGUCAGCAUUACUUGUAGCAGUUUUUGCCCUAUUUGCAGUCAUUUCAAUUGGAAGUAUGCUGAUAACAGAUCUUGAAUUUCGCCAUUUAUUAAUCGGGUUUUUGAGCUGUUUUACUCUCAUAUCAAUGUUUGCUUCCCCUCUGUCAGUAAUGAAUAUAGUGAUUCAGACAAGGAGUGUUGAGUUCAUGCCAUUUUACCUUUCUCUAUCCACUUUCUUGAUGAGCACUUCGUUUUUGUUGUAUGGAGUAUUCAAUUUUGAUCCUUUCAUUUAUGUUCCAAAUGGUAUAGGGACAAUUCUGGGAAUUGCACAAUUGGCGUUGUACUUUUACUAUCAUGAUAAGUCAAAAGAAGAAUCAAGUGAACCCUUAAUAGAGUCGGUUGCAUGAACAAAAGUGCAAGUUCUUGAUUUGAUCUUCAAUUAUUAUUUUGAAGAGAUGUGAAUUGUGUGAUUUUUUGUAGUCCGAUUGUGUGUUUGAUUGUAAAAUUGUAAGUCAAUUUCAUUUGUGCUUAAUAUUCAUUUGCAUUUUGUUGUUGAGAGGUUUGUCCUACUCAUGUAUAUUAAAUUCUUGAUCUUCAAUAAAUUUGAUUGUUUUGAAUCAUGUGAGAUGACAAGUUUACCCUUGG